GCACAGAAAUUUUGCUAUGCCAGUAUAAAACUACAAUCUAAAUAAAUAGGAGAUGGAAGAAAGCCUAGCUCUGCUAAAAAAUAGUGUUGGCGCUUCAGAAUUCCAGUAUAACAAUACUCUGUUGACUCAGAGGGAGGACAAAAUUCAGUACAUAGUCCACAAAUGGUCAAGCUAUUCCUACAGCUAUUUACCAGAGAAUAUCUAUUAUGAUCGUCCAAGUGACCAGUUAUCAAGAUGGUCUUCAGAUUCAAAUAAUCCUCCACAGUUUUUAAUUUUGAAACUAGAGAAGCCGGCUGUUGUUAAAUACAUACUUUUCGGAAAGUAUGAAAAGACUCAUGUUUGCAACCUCAGAAAGUUUAAAGUUUUUGGAGGUCUCACAGAAGACCAUAUGAUUGAACUAUUAGAUGGGGGUUUAAAAAAUGAUCACAUAAGUGAAACUUUUCUUCUUCGACAUGAAAUUGAAGGCAACCCUUUUCCGUGUAGAUAUAUCAAAAUAGUUCCACUGCAAGCUUGGGGUCCAAGUUUUAAUUUUAGUAUUUGGUAUGUUGAACUCAUUGGUAAUAAUCAUUGGGAGGAAGUAAAGCACAGUAUGAAUUGGUACAACACAUACAGAGAAAGGGAAGCAAUUAGGCUGUGCCUGAAACACUUCAGACAGAGAUGCUACACAGAGGCAUAUGAAGCUUUAAGUAAAAAAACAAACAUUGUUUUGGAGCACCCAAUCCUAACACAGUUGCAUACUUUACUGGUAACCCAAGGUGACUUCAAAGCAUGCGAGGAUCUGGUAACUCAAGCCUGCAAUGAGGGCAUGUUUGAUCAGUACAUAAGUCAGCAGGACUACAAACCUGACUGGACAGCCAUUGAACCGGUCAGCAGUAAAACCGACCAAGGUUCCGGUGCCCGGCCAGGUAUGAGAGGUGGACACCAGAUGUGCAUUGACGUUCUGACUGAGACAAUCUACAUGUUUGGUGGCUGGGAUGGGAACCAUGACUUGGCAGACUUGUGGUCAUAUUACAUCCCGACCCACACCUGGACCUGCAUCUCUCAUGACACAGAGAGAGACGGUGGACCUUCUGCUCGAUCUUGCCAUAAAAUGUGCCUGGAUUAUGAAAGGAAGCAAAUUUUUACACUAGGGCGUUACUUAGACCCUGCAAUGAGAAGUCCUGAAAGGUUAAAGUGUGAUUUUCAUAUGUAUGAUAUAGAAAGUCAACAGUGGACUUUUAUCACAGAAGACACUGCUGCCAUGGGGGGACCCCAGCUCAUAUUUGAUCACCAGAUGGUUAUAGAUAUUGAACAUCAGACUAUUUAUGUGUUUGGAGGGCGAGUUUUAGUCAGCACUCCGAGUAACAGCACUAAUGCACCAGAUCCUAUCUUCAGUGGUCUUUACUCAUUUCAUAUUCCAUCUAACACUUGGAGUUUGCUUAAGGAGGAUGGUCCAACAUUAAGGUCGCGUAUUGGGCACUCAAUGUUAUUUCAUCCUGUAAAGAGGGUAUUGUAUAUAUUUGCUGGACAAAGAUCAAAAGAGUAUUUAAAUGAUUUCCUAAUGUACAAUGUAGAUACAAAAACUGUUCAUGUCAUUUCUGAUGGGAAGAAAAAAGAUGGCUGUCAGACAGGUUUUACACAGCGAGCUACCCUUGAUCCUGAGCUAAAUGAGAUUCAUGUUUUUUCUGGUUUAAGCAGAGACAAAGAUAAGAGAGAUAAUGUUAAAAAUUCUUUUUGGGUUUACGACAUUCACAAAGAUAAAUGCAGGUCAUGUAUAUACAAAAAUGAAAACAUUGGACAACAGUAUUGGAUGAAAAUGCAGCACGUUGAGCCAGUACCCAGGUUUGCUCACCAACUGGUCUAUGAUCACCUUAGGAAAACUCAUUACCUUUUUGGUGGCAACCCUGGAAAAGACUCGUUACCAAGACUAAGACUUGAUGAUUUUUGGUCACUAAAACUUUCUAGACCCUCAACUGAAUACCUACUUCGGAGAUGCAGGUUUCUCAUUCGCAAACACCGUUUCCUGGAGAUGAGCACACAAGCUCCUCGACAAGCUAUGACUUACUUACAAACAGAAUUAGCCAAUAUGGUUGACCACAGUAACCCAGAAGAAACAAAAGAGUUCCAGCUUUUAACGUCAUCUUUGUUUUCCUGCUCAAGUGCUGGAGAAGAGAGCGAUGCAGCUGGUUUUGAUGGUGAGAGCAUUAGUCCUCACUUCACACAGAGAACUCAACUGUUUGAUCUCUUAAUUGAAUUUUUUCCAGAGUCAAUGACACAGCCAAAAAAGAACCUUGUAGACCUUAUACCUUUUUCUUGAGACUUACAACUCAAGUGAAUAUAGUAAGUUAAAGCAAAAGACAUUCAUAAAGAAAAUAUAAGCUAAUCAUUUGUUUGUUUUAGUAGAGCUAACUAGUAGUUGGAGAGAGAAAAAAAAUAGAAAAAAAAUUUUAAUGGAAAAUUUUUAUUACAGUAGUGUUAAAGAUAGCAAAGAUUCAUUAGAUGUCUUCUUUUAUUCUAUUUCUAAAGCAAUACAACAAAUGAAUGUAUUUUAUGUGCCCUGAUUAGUAUUUUAGAUGAAAUUUAGUAUUUCACCCCUUGAAAAAAUUUGAUUAUUUUUUUUUAAAUAACUGCUUUUAGGUUUAUAAAUGACAAAAGUCAUUAACUUAAAUAUUGUAAAUAGCGGCAGAAUUAUUAUUUUAUGGAAAUGUUUUAACACAUGGUUCUAAACAUAAGUAAUAAUUGUCCAAAAAUAAAACUUAUUCUGAAAAUCUAGCCUAUAUUUUUAAUUUCAUUUGGAUUCUUUUUAACAGUUAUACUUUUUUUUAAAACAUUUUUGCUUAGAUAUACAUUGGUUGCAUUAUAAUUGUGUUAUUGUUUGUAAAUCAAUUUAACCACCUGAUAAAUUGGACACAAUUAUUAAUCUUCUUCAGCUGUAAUAUAUUUAUUGUAUUUAUUUAUUUCAAUGGGCUUAAUGAAGUACCUGUUACAUGAUUUUUACCUCCUUCUGAAUAAAUAAUGUAUAAUGAUUAAGGAAAUUGUUCCUUCAAUAUAGUUGAAUCAUUGGAUAUCAAUAGCCCAAUGUGUUGUGAGUGUAAAUACUAUUGCUUUCUCUGCAUCUGGGUAGCAGAAUAAUUUGUGAUAAGGCAAAGCUAUUUUUUUUAAUGGAGUCAACUUUUGUUAUUACGUGUUGUAAAAUGUUAAGCUUAUUAAUUUUUUUAAAUUAAGUAUUGAAAUCAGCAGAGAUUCAACAACUGUCACUUUCUUUUGAAAGUUUCCACAAAUCUAUACAUCAAGACAGCUCAUCUUUUAAUAUAUUUUUUUUACUCCUUAGCAUUACAAUCGGUGCUUAAAUUUUUAGUUACUUCUUUGUUACUUUUUUACUUUUGUUUGUAAACCACCUAUUGAACUUACAAAUUAUUAAUAACUCGUAGUCUCCACACAGAUAAUUGUCUUUUACUAAAAUCAAAUCAAUAAAGCCUGUUAUGAUACUUUUUAUAUUUGCAAUUUAAAUUACCACUAAACAUAAAGGAUUUUUAUAGUUGACUAACAUUUUUGCUAUAGUUAAUUAUCACCAGUUGUAAAGGUAAGGUUGAAAGCAUUUUUAAUUAUACAUAAAGUAGGCUAUUGUUUGGGAAGUCAGUAUUAUUAACUUAUUUUAGCACUAUAGCACAUUACAGACAUAUAGUUUGUUUGUUUUUGGAUUUUCUUUACUUACUUCCUAUACGAUUUAGUAUGUGCACAAUAUUCAUCUUCUAAAAAUUAGAUAUCAUUCAAGUCCUUAACUGCUAUAUGGCUUUAGUUACUUCAGAUACUAGUGUUUGUGUAGUUAUUUUCAUAAAUUAAAUAUGAACUUACCAAAUUGCGCAUUUAAUAAUAUAAAAUUUAUGUUGAACAGAUGCUACUGUUUGUAUAGAUACAGAAAAAAAUCUAGUCCACUGUACCAUUGUUGAAUGCUUAAUUAUUUUGUAACGUUUACAUAGGCUUUUUUCUUAAAUUUUCUUUUGUUACUUAUAAAAAUGUCAGGAGGACUUAUUACUAAUACUACUACCCAAAUCCACUUUUGUAUAUGACUGCAAUCCCUCUUUAAAAAAAAACAUACUACAGUAUUUUAUUUCCUACCAGCAUUUUAUAACAAUUAUGGAGAGGACACUAACUAGAUUAAAAUUUUACCAAUCUGUAAUUAACACACUAAGUUUUAAUUAUAUGCUGAUCUCAAAUUAAAUAUUUAGUUUGUAACCAGAAUAUGAACUGACAGUCUAUUAUCUCCACAGUCUGUAUUAGUCUCUACUAUCUAAAAUAAAAAGCAGCUGUUUUUGUAUUCUGUCUGAUGUAAAAGGAUGUCAUUUUACCAUAGUGAGAUUGAAUACACUGAAAUUGAAAAAUG